CGCGGGGGUCUCGCCAUGCCCGCCGACGCCUGGGUGGGCAGCUGGCGGCCGCACCGGCCCCGCGGCCCCAUCGCGGCUCUCUGCGGCAGCCCCGGGCCCAAGUACGGGCUCCCCAGCAGCGUGGGCUGCUACUCGCCGGAGCGGGCCGGCAGCUUGAUCUUCCCCUCGGCGCCCGCCUGUGCCCUCCACGGCCGCCCCCGGCACAGCAGCGGCCCCCAGACGCCGGGCCCUGCAGCCUACCAGCUGCCCCCCAUGCUGGGGCCACGUGUGGUGAGCAAGAGCUCAGCCCCCAACUACUCCAUGUUGGGCCGCAGCAACGUGGGCGCCUUCUACCAGGACCUGUGCAAGACGCCGGGGCCGUGCUGCUACCGGCCGGUGGCUGCCGACGUGUACAAGCGCCGGGCGCCGCGGUUCAGCCUGACGGCGCGGAACAGCCUCCCCGGAGACAGCAGCAGCAAACCCGGGCCCGCAGCCUACAGCCCCCAGCAGCCCAGCCGGCGGCGGGGCCCGAGCUUCGGCAUCCGGCACUCGGAGUACGUGACCCCCCUGAUGGUGGAUGUGCUGGACUGA